UACCGUUUGAAACGCUCAUAAGUCAUGCGUAAGCUCAACCCGCUACUACAUUUCUUGCCUAUCAUACACAUCAAAUUUAUAUUGCUAGUUUAAUAGAUCGAGGGGAUUUGUGAAUCAGCAAGUUGAGGCAUGGGAGUGAGGAUACUGCUGGUGGUACUGGUGGUACUGGUGGCAGUGGGAGGCAGGAAGACUGACACAGCAGCCCUGACCAUCACCAGGGACAAUGCCUACACAGGGUUGAUAGUGGCCAUCAGGGAGGAUCUCGACUCCAGUAAAUGUGAUGUCUACGUGCAGAGUAUCCAGGAUAUGAUUGGAUAUGCUUCUGAAAUAUUGUAUAAUGCUACAAACAACAAGCUCUACUUUGGAGAGGUGACAAUUGUAAUUCCCUGGUCAUGCACUGGGAUCAAUAUUGUUAGCAAUUCCCAGUGGUUGGGGUGGGAUGAUGCUCACCUGAGGUUGGGACCCCAAGACCCACUCUUCAAAGACAACCCCUGGACCCAACAACCCCGAGGCUGUGGAGAACCUGGAGACUUCAUCUACUUCUCUGAUGGUUUCCUCUUUUCUAAUGCUGAUAUGGAAUAUCAAGGUAAAUUACUGGUUCAUGAAUGGGCAAAAUUCAGAUGGGGAGUAUUUGAAGAAUAUGGACACAUGCAUGAUCCCAUCUACCCUACAGCAUACCUCACUAGUGACAAUACUUUUGGUCCCAGUUACUGCGUCAAUGCAAAACUUACAGGCACUCUAAGUGAUGGGUGUAUGCAAAAUGAUAAAGAUAACUGCAGCUUUACACCUGACCUGACACCUGAUAGUAAUACCAAUGUUACCUCUUCUCUUCUCUCUGUGCCUUUCCUCAAAACAGUGAUAAAUUUUUGUAAUUCUACUGAUCAUGACACUACAGUGCCCACCAAGCAUAACCUACUAUGUGAUAAACAUAGCAUUCAAGAAGUUAUUGAUCAACAUGACGAUAUGAAAACAAUCCCGGGGAACACUUUGAUGAACACGAACUUUUCAGUGGUAAUGGCACCUCCUCCUGGGGAUACAAUUGUCUUCGUGCUGGACUACAGUAUCAUCAUGAGAAAC